GGGAAAAACUGAUCCAGAUUACCUUCACAGAUCCCUUUAUAGUUUCUUCCUCUUCCCUUUUGUGUUUUCGCGGCCGUUGUGAAACGAGUGGGCUCUUGCGUUUUCAAAAUCUCCUCGGGAGCUUUACGACGAACAACCCCGCAUAGUGAAUGAGCACCUUGUCCUGCCCCCCCGGUCCCCCCCCCUGGAUUCCUCGGGGUGGCCUUCAGAAAUCAUACCCUCCACAAGGUGGAGAAACUGGAAAGAAAUUCCUUGAUUGCAUUUCUGAUUUGACUACCCCCCCCCCUCCCUUCCCUCCCCUCACAGCGGAUGGAAAAGAGCAGCUAUAGAGGGUGAAAGGUGAGAUUGUGUAGCCUCGUCAGUUUGUGCUCAUAAGAUCAGAUUGAUAGAAAACCCAUUGUUCCAACAUAUAUGAUUCAUUUUUUUUGAUUUCGUUGCCUGCCUUGCAGAGAAAGGAAUGUGGAAAGAGGUGGAGCUGCAACGAGCAUUAAAAGUUCACUCAGCGGUACUCUCACUUCCCUUUUCCCCUGUGGUCGAGCCUGUUAGAAAGACAAAAGUAGAGCCGGGGAUCGUUUGCUUUUUUAGCUGUAAUCCCUGAGAUUUCAAACUUAAAUGCCUCCACCGUCGGGAUCUCGCCCGGCGGAGAAUCUCCUAAUUAAAAGACCCGUGACCUCUGAAUCAGUGGCAUGUUCGCUGUCGAACGAAAAACCAGUUCGGCCAGUUUGCGAGGCACCUUCACCAGCACCGCUGACGUCAUCUAUUAUCUUGGUUAGGUUUCUGUCACAGGUGAUCUGCCCGCGCUUACUCUGUCCAGUACAGGCUGAACUCAAGUGAAGUGCAUGUGAUGUGUUCAGGUGAUUAUGAAAGACACGAGUGAGGUAAAGUUUUCCAUUCAUAAACAAAACACACCUACAUUUUUGUUCUGGCUGCUGCCGUGAGUGAGUGGGUGUCACAGGUCAGCCGAGGUUUGCUUCUGAAGAAAAGGUGAUAGUUUCUGAAUAGUUUUGAUUCCAAAUCAGUAACAGACAUUUAAAGGAAAAGAGCGGAUUGAUCGGUAGGGGCCUCGAGGGUUUAAUCAUUUCGGUCGACCCAAAAACAGCCUCUUCCUCCACACGCACCGCUCUUAUUUAGUCAUUCAAAUUCCUGGUUUGCAUGAUCCGCUGCUCUUUUCAACAACAAACAAACGACGCUCGCUUAUUCGGGGAUUCGCUCGUACGAUGUAGUUGGACGGCGGCUUCCUGCGAUGGCCGCAGCGAUCGAUAUUAAGCGUUGGACUUGUGCCAUGCAGUGAUUAGCAUGUGCUCCCGUCGCUGGCAGAUAAGUGCAGACGUUUAUCGGAAUGGCUGGGGACAUUCAGGAGAACUGCGAUUAUGAUUCGGUUAAGAUGCAAAGACAUUCGAAGCAGUACCAGCUCCCAGAACUGCCCGUCGAUAACCUCUCUGAAGAGUGUGGCGUGCUAAGGUCAGAAAUGAGUCAUUGACAGCUGUUGAGUCCAACUAAAGACUUCUUAUCAAGCAAUGGUUCGGUUUACAGCUCGUUUGGAAAAAACAUAAAAUAAAAAUGUUAAUGUUAAAACAGCAAUGGUUAUUACUUUAUAGCGUAGUCUGUUUUUUUUAAAUUUUUAUAUUUGUUCUUUGCGUCCACUCCCCUCUUCAUGCUUUCCAUCUGCAGAGUGGCUCAGGAAAUAAUUAGCUUACAUGCUCUCCCCUCCCACAAUGAGAAGGAGGAUGAUCCACGGUAAACACGCAUGCGCUCGCUCACACACUUGUGAGCACAGAGCACCUGCCUUUAUCCAGGCUCUCAGAGAUCAUGAGUCUGGUGUCGACGUGACUGCGUCUCCUGCCUCAGUGACAUUAAGGCUCUUUUCUGAACUGUCUUGCCCUCGUCCCGUUGAAAGAUAGGAUCUUGAUCGCCGUGGUUUGUUGGUUACCCAGGCACUCCCAACUACGCGCCCUACCCCAUGGCUCAGCCCGGCGGCCACUCCGUAGCCCCUUACCCGGUCCCUCAGGGGGGGUACGGUGACCCCAGCAAAGCCCCUCCGCCAGGCUUCAACAUGGACUACAACGCGGGCCCGCCCCCCGUCAUGUACCAGCCGGGACCAGUCAUGCAGCCCCAGGAGUACGGCGGCCACCCGGGGGGGAUCUCUCCAGCCCCGGUGCAAGCUCCAGCUGUGGUUCCUGUCGGGGUCCCGCCUGGGCUCGAGUACCUCACGCAGAUCGACCAGAUUCUCAUCCAUCAAAAAGUUGAACUCCUGGAAGCGUUCAUCGGCUUCGAGACCAACAACCAGUACGAGAUAAAGAACAGCCUGGGCCAAAAGAUCUACAAGGCCAAGGAGAAGAACGACUGCUGCACCAGGAACUGCUGCGGCUCGCUGCGCAGCUUCGACAUGAAGAUCAAGGACAACUCGGACAGGGAGGUCAUCCGCCUCGUGAGACCUUUCCGCUGCGUCUCCUGCUGGUGUCCCUGCUGCCUGCAAGAGAUGGAGGUGCAGGCCCCACCAGGCACCACCGUUGGGUACGUCAAACAAGACUGGCACCCUUUCCUGCCCAAGUUUUCCAUCCAGAACGCAAACAAGGAGACCGUGAUGAAGCUGGAGGGGCCCUGCUUUGCCUGCAACUGCUGCGGGGACGUCAACUUCGAGCUGAAGGGGAAAGACGGCGGCGCGUCCAUCGGUCGCAUCAGCAAGCAGUGGAGCGGCCUUUUGAAGGAAGUCUUCACAGACACGGACAACUUCGGCAUCCAGUUCCCGCUGGACAUGGACGUGAAGAUGAAAGCCGUGCUCAUGGGGUCCUGCUUCCUGAUUGAUUUCAUGUUUUUCGAGAAGGUCGGGGAGGGCAACCAGCGCAGCACCGUGUUUUCAUAAGAACAGGAAAAAGGAAACAGCAUGAGAGCGAGGAUCUUGUCCUGUUGGGUGUGAUUCUUUAGUUUUUUUCAGUCCCAGAACCCAUUUAUCUUCACCUAUCAAACAAUAUGAUCUUGUUAUGAUUUUUUUUUUUUUUUUUUGGGGAUAUGAAUCCAACCUCAGUGACGGAUACUGGCCGCCAACUCCCCCAGUGCUCCUCACGCUCCAAACAGUCUAUAGUGAAUGUACCCGGAAAGGAAAAAGCCAACUUCACCCUGAGUAUCUUCUUCAGGGGCCUACAAAUAAAAAAAUGUACUCUUAUUUGCUUUUCAUGUUGUGCAGCAUACGCGUUUUACGCUAGGCUGGCAUUGACAUUUCAGCUAAUGUUUUAUAUUUGUAUAUUAUCAUUGUUGUUAUUUUUACACUGUUAUAAUACCUUAAGGAAGACAUUGCAGUAGAUCUAGUGGAAGUGCAAUAACUGCUGUGGUUAUAGAAGCCUCUGUCUUUCAGCCACGUUAGCAGCUAACCCCGUGGCGAUGUCGGUCCGUCGGUUCGCCGCUUUUGUCGUCAUUUGAACGCGCGUACAGCCGCUUCUCCGUCCGUACUAACUUCGCUCAGCGCUUUUCACGUACUACACUCCUUCCGAGUUAACCACGCUCCCGUCCGCCUCAGCUGUUUGUCGUGAUCAGUUUUAAUGUGUGAGUGUUUGCACGAAAACACACUAACCCCGUGGUAGAGAUUAGCAUAUUGAUACGUUAGCAUUAGUCGGAGUGCAAGCUUUAUAGGAAGCCUGAGUGUCAGCCACAGAGUAGUAGUGCAGGCAUCAUAUAUCUCAUGUCAGGAAGUGGUGGUUGUGUCAGUGUGCAGAGUGCGGUUAACAUUUAGCUACGAUUGACAGUAUUUACCAAAGUGCAAUUUCUCUGGGGUUCCUCAACCCCCCCUCUCCCCCCCUAGUGUACACAACAAAUCCCAUCUCAUGCUCCUUUGCCGGUUCGCUGGUUGCCUUGGACACCAGAGCCACAGCCAGACCUCGCCCUUUUUAGUUUCUCCGGUUACCGCCUUGCUGAACAUGUGCCAGUGUGACAACGAAUAGUGAAGUCGAAAAAGAUUGGAAGGAAAACACCACCAGCAAAAAGGUUUACAGAAACAGGAACGGGAAUAUUAUUUUCCAGUUCGUGCCGGUCGUUACAUCAACAGCUCUUCAGACCUUGGCACGUUCGUGUUUGUACAUUUAUGCAAUUCUCCGAUAUCGGCUCGUCCUGUCGAGAUAAAAAUGGGUGUGCCUCCAGUGGGACUUGCUUGCCACUAGCAUGAAGCUCACUGUUACACUUUUAUUAAUGUGACCUGUUGCUGGUUCAUAUACUGGUUGACAGUAAUCUGACCUCUGAUAAGGAAAUGCAGCCAAAGGGUGUACAUUGCAUUUAAUGCUGUCAUUGGUUCACUUGCACUUAAAUGUUUUUAAUCAGUCAUAUUUACAGCUGUCAGGAGCUGUGUCAUCUUAAAGCAAACUGAUUUGUACUUUGUCUUGUGAUUGUACUUUUUUUUUUUUUUUUUUACUGAAACAGAAAACAUAUUUCAGAAAUUAAACAUGUGUUAAGCCAA